AUGACAGAAAGGGAAACAGUUCGAAGUAGUGAACCAACAGAUGCGGUAAUCGAAGCUACAGGUCGUGACAGUGUAAUAGCAAAACCAGACAGAAAUGAAAUUUGCCAAAUUACAGUUGAGGACGACCCUUCGUCACUAAUUACGCAAAAACCAACUCUACCAAAAGUACGUAAUGUACCAAAUGUACAGUACAAUCGUCAAUUUUUGCUGAAUCAUUUUGGUCGAAAAUGUUAUAAUCCAGAAGACGAAUUUCUUCCCUACAACCCAUGGCGCAGCACUCGCGGUCGUCAGUGUUUUCAAUUGGGAAGGAAGGCAGAGGCUAAUUUACAAACAAAAAUUGAUGACUUUGAUGGAUUGAUUCAAGGGCUGUAG